AUGAAAAAAAGUCUUGUUCCUUUUCCUUCAUUCUUUCAGUCCUUUCCUUUCCCUUCAUUCUUUCAGUCCUUUCCUUUCCCUUCAUUCUUUCAGUCCUUUCAGUCCUUUCCAGUCCUUUGUUCCUUCAUUCUUUCAGUCAUUCCUUUUCAGUCCUUUCAGUCCUUGUUCCUUCAUUCUUUCAGUCCUUUCCUUUCCCUUCAUUCUUUCAGUCCUUUCCUUUCCCUUCAUUCUUUCAGUCCUUUCCUUGUUCCUUCAUUCUUUCAGUCCUUUCCUUGUUCCUUCAUUCUUUCUUUCAGUCCUUUCCUUGUUCCUUCAUUCUUUCUUUCAGUCCUUUCCUUGUUCCUUUUCCUUCAUUCUUUCUUUCAGUCCUUUCCUUGUUCCUUUUCCUUCAUUCUUUCUUUCAGUCCUUUCCUUGUUCCUUUUCCUUCAUUCUUUCUUUCAGUCCUUUCCUUUUUUCCUUCAUUCAGUCCUGUCCUUGUUCGUUUUCCUUCAUUCUUUCAGUCCUGUCAUCAUUCCCUUUCCUUCCUUCCUUUCAAUCUUUUUCAUGAUGCUUUCGCUUGCAUUAUUUCUCUUUUUCAAGAAUCCUUUCCAUUUCCUCCCCUCUCCGUUUCCAAAUGA